GGUACCGGGAGUAGUAGUCCGCGCCGCGUCCCCUCAGAGCCGGGCCGGGAGAGCCAUGGAGGACUCGGAGUCGGCGGGCGGGCGCUCCAAAGUGGCGCCCAGCGUGGACUUCGACCACAGCUGCUCGGACAGCGUCGAGUACCUGACGCUGAACUUCGGGCCCUUCGAGACGGUGCACCGCUGGCGCCGCCUCCCGCCCUGCGACGAGUUCGUGGGAGCCCGCCGCAGCAAACACACCGUGGUCGCCUAUCGGGACGCCAUCUACGUCUUCGGCGGAGAUAAUGGAAAAACUAUGUUGAAUGACCUGUUGAGGUUUGAUGUGAAGGACUGUUCUUGGUGCAGAGCUUUUACCACAGGAACUCCACCAGCACCUAGGUAUCAUCAUUCAGCUGUAGUUUAUGGAAGCAGCAUGUUUGUAUUUGGUGGCUAUACUGGAGAUAUCUAUUCCAAUUCCAAUUUGAAGAAUAAAAAUGAUCUUUUUGAAUAUAAGCUUGCAACAGGCCAGUGGACAGAGUGGAAGAUUGAAGGGAGAUUACCUGUGGCCCGGUCAGCUCAUGGUGCAACAGUCUAUAGUGAUAAACUAUGGAUUUUUGCAGGAUAUGAUGGGAAUGCAAGGUUAAAUGACAUGUGGACCAUUAGUUUACAAGACAGAGAUUUAACUUGUUGGGAAGAGAUUAAACAGACUGGAGAGAUUCCUCCUUCGUGUUGCAAUUUUCCUGUAGCUGUUUGUAAAGAGAAGAUGUUUGUUUUUUCAGGCCAGAGUGGAGCAAAGAUCACAAAUAAUCUUUUUCAGUUUGAAUUCAAGGAAAAAAUCUGGACAAGAAUUCCUACUGAGCACCUGCUACGAGGCUCUCCUCCUCCUCCCCAACGGAGAUAUGGCCACACAAUGGUUGCCUUUGAUCGCCAUCUCUAUGUGUUUGGCGGUGCUGCAGACAACACAUUGCCUAAUGAGCUUCACUGUUAUGAUGUGGACUCUCAGACCUGGGAAGUCAUCCAUGCAAGUCCUGAUAGUGAGUUGCCAACUGGAAGACUGUUCCAUGCUGCAGCUAUCAUUUGUGAUGCAAUGUACAUUUUUGGUGGGACAGUGGAUAAUAAUAUCAGAAGUGGAGAAAUGUAUAGAUUUCAGUUUUCUUGUUAUCCAAAAUGUACUUUACAUGAUGACUAUGGGAGACUAUGGGAAACCAGGCAAUUCAGUGAUCUGGAAUUUGUUCUCGGAGAGAAAGAAGAGAGAGUUCGAGGGCAUACUGUCAUUGUCACUGCUCGCUGUAAGUGGCUCAGAAAGAAAAUUACGCAAGCAAAAGAACGGUUGAAACAGAAAUCUAAGCAAGAACUUGAUGAAGAAGGACAAGGGACACCGCAGAAGGAAGCAGCUGGCAGCAGUGUCAAACUGUGCCACCCGCAACCUCUGCUGGAAGUGACUAUCCGGGAAGCUGAAGCCCAGCCUUUUGAGGUGCUCAUGCAGUUCCUCUACACAGACAAAAUCAAAUAUCCACGGAAAGGACAUGUGCAAGAUGUUCUGCUAAUCAUGGAUGUCUACAAAUUAGCCCUUAAUUUCAAGCUUUCACGAUUGGAACAGCUGUGUGUCCAGUACAUUGAGGCCUCGGUAGAUCUCCAAAAUGUGCUUGUAGUGUGUGAAAAUGCCAACAAACUUCAGCUAGAUCAACUCAAGGAACACUGUCUGAAUUUUGUAGUGAAAGAAUCACACUUUAAUCAGGUGAUAAUGAUGAAAGAAUUUGAACACCUUUCUUCAGCUUUGAUAGUGGAAAUAGUACGCAGAAAGCAGCAACCCCCAAUUCGAACACAUUCUGACCAACCUCUUGAUAUUGGAACCUCCUUGGUUCAGGAUAUGAAAGCUUAUCUGGAAGGCGCUGGAUUAGAAUUUUGUGAUAUUAUUCUACUCUUAGAUGGUCACCCAAGACCUGCUCAUAAAGCUAUUCUUGCAGCCCGUUCCAGUUAUUUUGAAGCCAUGUUUCGUUCUUUCAUGCCAGAAGAUGGACAGGUUAAUAUUUCCAUUGGUGAAAUGGUUCCAAGCAAGCAAGCAUUUGAAUCUAUGCUAAGAUAUAUUUAUUAUGGUGAAGUGAACAUGCCUCCUGAAGACUCCCUCUAUCUCUUUGCUGCCCCUUAUUAUUAUGGAUUCUACAAUAACCGACUCCAAGCAUAUUGUAAGCAGAAUCUGGAAAUGAAUGUUACGGUGGAAAAUGUGCUCCAGAUUUUAGAGGCAGCUGACAAGACUCAGGCUCUGGAUAUGAAGAGACACUGCCUGCAUAUCAUUGUUCACCAGUUCACCAAGGUCUCCAAGUUGCCAAAUCUUCGAGCCCUCAGUCAACCUCUCCUACUUGACAUCAUAGAAUCAUUAGCAAACCACAUAUCAGACAAGCAGUGUGCUGAACUUGGUUCAGAUAUCUAAAAUUUCCAAUAUUUGGCAUCUUGCACAUUUUUUCAAGAGACUGUACUUUUCUUAUAUGAGUCCUUUUCUUUAGCCUUUGUUACCAUUCCAUACUGAUCUGGUGAAAAUGACCUCAUAAAAGUGUGGAAGGCUGUGAACGUAUGGUGGUCCUUUAUGGUUUUCUAAGGAUAGAUUGGUACCUGAAUCCGAUGUCAAGAAUGCCAAGAAGAGAUGGCACAGCGGUGCUUGGUAUGUUUGGGAAUUCCUAAUGGACCCUAACUGAUCAUUCAAGAAUAUUGAUUUGAUUCUUUGCCGCUGAAAAUGUCUUCUCUAAAUUUGAGCCUCCAUGAGGUGGUUUUACCACAUUCAAACAUAGCUUCCUAUUCUCCAUCUAUAACAUUCUUCUGUCAGACAUUAUUCCAAUGAAUCAGGAGGAUUGGGACAGAGAAGUUGAAGAAGCGCUUGAUUGUGUUUACUGAAGAUGGUUUCAAGUAACAGUGAAUGCAGUAGAGCAGACAAAAUUGUGUUGACAAGGUGCAAAUAUUAUAUAUGUACCUACUAAAAGAUGUACAUCUUUCUCCUCAGUCUCUGAGGAAGCAUAACCAAAGACUCUUGUAAACACUGUGUUGUUAUCGCUUUUACUGUACAGGCCUGCUAUAUGCAUAUGUGCUGUGUUUGAAUAUAUUCCGAAAAAGUGGAGUGGCUAAGAAAUUUAAAAUGCAUACUGGAAUAUGGACUACUCUCAGAAACCUUUCACAUCUCACUUUAAUGAAGGAACAUUAAAUUGUGACAUCUCACAUGGUGAAAUGAAGUAGCUUGGAAGGUUCAUAUGGAUAUUGUUUGAAUAAAAUAUGACUCCUUAUCUGUCUCUUGGAGUUUAAAGAAAGACGAUGAAAAACUCUUUAUGUCAGUAGCAACCUAAAACAUUUUUAUAGGCAAGGCAGGGAGUAACAUGACCUAAACUUCAUUAAUAUUUUGAGGAAUCCUAUGCCUCAGCCUUUCUUCUGCCUUAUCCUAAGAUAGCUAUGUAUGGGGUUGUUGUAUGUCUUUCGGGCUGUGUGGUCAUGUUCCAGAAGUAUUCCAGAGAAUACUUCUGGAACAUGGCCACACAGCCCGAAAGACAUACAACAACCCUGUGAUCCCGGCUAUGAAAGCCUUCGACAACACAUAGCUAUGUAUUUUCAGCGCAACUUCACUUUCAGUCUCUAUUUUUCCAUUUCUGAUUUCAAAUAAAAUUUUAUUUGAGUGGGAAGAUGUCAUAUGAAUUAGAAAUGUCAACUUAACUAUAACUCCUGCUCCUGUAUGGUCCUUCGAUUCAUAUUGUAACUUUGAAAUAACUAUAAAAUGACUGAUUACAUUUUUCA